CCUAAUCGAUUUUUGGAUGGCUGUUCGCUAGCUGUCUACAGAAUGCUGCCAGCAGCUCAACUGGGAUGUGCUGCUCCUAUGUGCCUCAACAAUGAAUGAUUAUAUAAGGAAACGGCGUACGGCCAAGCAAAUACUUCUGCGACGGGCUCUGAGCAAGGGUGUCCGUAAUGGCCGUGACACCGAAACAACCACACCGCUGGGUCCCUUGUCAAAGACUGGCAUUACGGUGCUAUCCUCGCUGGCGAAGGAUCCCAAACGGGUGAGGGCCAUGCAGCGUACCUUUUCCCGAUCUAAAUCGAGUCGCGAGAGAUCGGACAGACGACCCAAAUCUCAAUCUAGACCGAAAACCCUAAAGAAUGCCCAAGUGUAUCCCCUGCUGAAGACUGAUUCCCGUUCUUGGAGGAAAAUCAAAACUUCUGAUGGUAUAUAUAGGACCCACUGGAUGGAAGGUAAGUCCGGCGUUAGUCUGGGCGGUGCACCUUCCAGGGGUAGCAGUCGAUCACGAUACAGUUCCUCUGCCUAUCCAUCCACCUGGGCUCUGGAUGUCCGGAACCGUGAGGAGGAAGCCGAGGAGACGAGCAACAGCCUGGCGGAGGUUACCAACUGUACGCGUCUCAAUCGCACGCCCUACGACCAUCAGCUGAGCACGCCCCUCAAAUCCGACCAUUCCGUUCAGUGUUCCAUGAGGGCCGCUGCCAGACGACAGCGGCAGAGACGGACAAACCAGCCACGCGAGAUGUGCGUGGCUCAGACUCAGACGAUGCCCAAACUAUUUCAACCCAAGCUACUCAAGCACAAGCCAGUGAAGAAGUCCGUUAAGCAUAUGUUUACGUCCAUGGUUGGGGAAAAGCUUCUUGAGCGAAGCAGGAGUCCAUCCAAGACGAGUCAGGAUAGUUUGAGGAUACGAAAAACAAGGCACAGACAUUACAGUGGCGAGGAAAUGAAACAUUCGCGCGAGUCGGCCAGAGCAAAACCCACUGCCAGGCAAAGCACAAGCAAAACCCCAAGAAAGUGCGAUCCUACCGACUAUGGGGGGUAUACGCCAUCGGAUGUGAGUCUCGAACUAGCUACCUCCCAAAAUCACUCAAUCACUGAGCUACGGCGCGGUACUGGCGGUAAGCUUGAUGACAGCCGUUGGAUAAUGAAAUUGCCCACUGAGAGGGACAUAGAGAAGUAUAUACACGACGCGGCUGUCGAAGACUGUAUGUCCUGUUCGGCACGAGACCGCAUGUCAUAUCCUGAGUCCUACAAUUAUGAUGAGUCUACGGCGAGAUCUUCCUCUCCUGGUAGUAGUUGCUCGAAAGACUGCAUGUGCGCCAAAGGGGGCAAGAAAAGAACCUCGUGCACGUGUGAAUCUCGUGUCACCGAAGGCAGCAGCAGAAGAACUAACCAGGCAACCUCAAAGAAAAAUAGCGCAAGGCACACACCAAUUUCUCGUGGAUCAUCUCAGUCAAGUGCAAGCAACGAGCCAAGAAGUCCACCCAGAAAAACGAGGGACAAACGAAAACAAGAAAGUUUAUGCAGUCUAGAUAGAAAUACAGGAAAGACACAGGCCAAGAGUCGAGGACAUCGAGGCAGUGUCCAUGCUUCUUUAAAUACUGAUAGUCAAGCAAUGUCACGAGGACCCACUGAUUACGGAAGAGCAUCUACGAAAUCUACAGAUUCCAGCCCAUGUCGAAGCAAGAGCAAUGCAAUUGAAAAAACCAGUAAGAAUCGAGACAAAGGCAACUCCGAGAGACGUGGUACCCACAGAGAAAAGCCUACGCAGUAUGGCAACAGCAGUGUGGAGGCUAUUCCCGUGAAAACUAGUGCUGAAAACCUACGCAAGAAAACAUCUCAGAUGAUUUCGCAAAAGAAUAGUGUGCAUUCCAUCAAUUCAUUUUCCAGGCAACCUCGAACGGAUGCCUGCAAAGACCCCAAAUGCAAACGAAAGUGUCGACGAUGUGCGGAUGCCUCCACUGUGACCUCAAAGCCACUGAUUACCGCUGCUGAAACUAAUAAGGCAUCAACCGAUAAUCCUAAUCGAGGCGCAACCAACAGUUGUGGCAUUUGCCCAGUGACCAAAACUUGUGAUCCCAAAUGCGUUGAGGCAUUCGCUCAAACAUCCCAGUCUAAGAUAGUGCGACAAAGCCGAAGUCCUACUUCGAAGGAUUUUCCAAACAGGUCUCCAGACUCCCCUCAAAGCGAGUUAACGACGUCUCCAGAUCCCCAAAGUGUUGGCAGGUCUACCAAUCAAAGUCGUAGAGGGUCUACAACCAAGCGAACGACACAACAGCAGGGGCCAUGUGGUUGUGGCCGCCCUAAUUGUGGGUGUAAAUACUCGGAGGCAUGCACUCAAACAUCAUCUCGUAGUCCCAAAAAGUCAUCUACGAAAGUACCAAAAAAAAAUAAUUCGGGGAUAGGUGAGUGCGAUAUGAGUCGGAUUAUUGCGAUCCUACAAAAGGCUCUGGAGGGUCUGGAAAUGGAGCAGAGAGCCCGUGGGCGCGGCUCAACAAGUCAUCUAGUAGAUAGGGAUCGCUCGAGUGAAAGCUCAGAUAUCAUCGAUACCAAUGUGGACAACUGCUAUGAGAGCGCAGCCACCAAUUGGACAUAUACAGUCCAAAAUGGGGUAAGGGGAUUCGAUCCCUUUCAGUGUAAUAUGUGCUAUUACCCCGAAAGCAUGUGUGGUGGAGCCGCAAAUAUCACUGAACCAUCAAUACCUUUUAUAAACGGCGAAUCACUGCGUCCAGAGACCAAGCAAAUUCUUAAAUAUAUAGACAAAAUAAAUGGAAAAAUGGAAGCAGACAGGACACCGACUCAGACCGAUCAAAAGCGAACAAAACCAGAGAAGAACAGCUUCGACCAUGGACCAGAAAUCAAACGGGUAGAGGACUAUGAGCAAUUUGUAAUGGGCCAAAGCAAAGAUGGGAGAGAAACUCUUUAUUCAAGUUCCUCUAAAAGCUCCCACACUCGGUACGGUGAUGAUCAUAUUUUUCCUAGUAAUUCACCCAAUCCUACAAAUUUCUCAUGGAAAUCCGAUUUUGAGCCGCAUUUGGCGGAUAAAUUUUUCAAAACACGUGCCAUGUCGAAGGUUCGGGAUAAACUUGUAUCACACUGUCCCGUUUUCGGCAUUAAAUCUAACAAGCGCUCGAACAUUUUUCUAGUGAGAAGAACCUCUGGCUGCAAGUAUAUGCCAAUCAGACAAGAAAAAGAAUCGAACUAUAAACUAUGCCUGCAUUCCAAAGGAAGAACAGCCUUCUCUCUUUCUGAGCGAGAACUUCGAGUCAACACUCGAUUUCCACCAGAUAACUCUAUAUCAGCAGAAAAGCUCCGAGAUAGAACUCGAUUUCCACCAGAGAACUCUAAAUCAGCAGAAAAACUCCGAGAUAGAACUCGAUAUCCAACAGAGAACUCUAUAUCAACGGGAAAGCCCCGAGGGAGAACUCAAUCUCCAACAGAGAACUCUAUAUCAGCGAAAAAGCCCCGAGGGAGAACUGAAUAUCCAACAGAGAUUAGUCGUACCACAGACACCGACCUACAGCCCAAAAAGCGACCUUAUACGAGGAAUACACGGAAGAGUUUUAUCACAAUGCCGUUACUGAAUAGCUACGAUCAGCAAAUAUUAAAGGACUUUGACAAAUAUAGAACGGCUAAAGCCGAAGCAGCCGCAGCUGCUGAGGCCGCCAAGUCGAUAUGCCAGCAGGAGCCUAUGUGCUCCUAUUUGAAAUAUCAAGCGGAUCAAAAAGCAGCUGCUUCAAAAAUAUGCCAACCAAAUCCCAAAUGUCCAAACUGCAGGAUAGUGGUAAAGACCGUACAGCUUACAACAGAACAAACCGAACAAAAUAAGAGUCUCCCAGACAGACAGCAAAAACAUCCAUUUGGGAAAUCGAAAGGAACUCCAGGGAAGAAUCCGAAAGAUCGGCGUAGAGAGAAGAAACCGUCCAAAUCAAGAGGUUUUUUCAGUUGGUGUGCGAAGAAAGAUAAAGAACCAAACGAGGAAAAUAAAAACAAAGAACAACGCGAAGAAAAAGCGGAAAAGAGAAAUCGUGAACCAAAAGAACGAACAUCAAAGGAAAGUCUGAGCUACACCAAAACCACUAAAUCUGAAGCACCAAUUCAAAAAUAUAAAUUCCUGAAUUUAAAUUCUCAAACCUUUUUAAAGAAAUACCCCGCUUCUGAAACCUACGAGUAUCAACGGAUUCCGGAACAGUCCCAACCGGCUAAGAAUGUAGUAUUAGCUAUGUCCAAAACAUAUGCAGGAGCUAAUAUUAUGAGUCUCAAGCCGGGAGUUAAUUUCUGUAAUAUUGAACGUCCCCCUGAUGAUGACCGUAACGAGGUUCAGGUGCUCUACGAUUCAAGUGCCCGUUUUGCCAAGGACACAUGCAGUGUGCGGAUACUGCCAGAUCCGCCAAUGCCUUCUAGGCCGCGAUUUGGAGACUGUUUCACAUCUUCCAGCGGCUUAACCGUUCCUUCCCAGUGCGAUGGGGGGCAGCAGCAACAGAAGGAGUACAAGAAUCCCUCAAAAUGUGACAGCACAAAUGCAUUUUAUUCAAUGUUCCAAAAACAUAUUCCCAAUCUCAAGAGUCGUAACUUUGAUUGUGAAUUUCAACGAAAGUGGGAGAUUUUCUGAAAAAAUUCACAAUCAUAUUUACUUUAAAUUCGCCAUAAAAAUUUAAAUUUCA